CCAGCUAUAAGAUACGGAAGUAUUGGAGAGCUAGCAGCGUUCCUUUUCUUUGCACUCGUAUGGAAGUGUGAUAGGAGGGUAGUUUCAAUUCCAUUCGAUAAAGUGAUGCUGACGUUGAAAUUACGUUUUAAACUUACCGUCUGACCGUUCUGUACAAUGGCAGAAUUCGAAUUAAAAUUACUAAAAGUGAAUAUAGAGGGAUCAAAUGCUAAUGUUAGCAACCAUGAUUUAGUUCUCAAGACUGACAUAGAAGAAGUAGGAAAUGCUAUCACGUCCGCUGCAGGUGAAAUGGCUCCAGACAAAUGUUUGGAGUCAGUUCUUUCCUCAGCUCAGCCAACCGCCUCUACAUCUUUAUACGUUGCUGCAGAGUCCAUUAUUGGGCAUACGCCAUGGGUCAAAAUAAAUGAAAUCCAAGCAAAUAAUGUUCUGGCAGUUUCUGUUCCAAAACAAUAUGGAGAAAAAUUCAACAAAUUGAUUACUGAUGGAAAAAUAACUCGAAAGGUGAAAAGCGAUUUUGAAGAUCUGGAUACGACAGUGAUGAGAAUUCCUGGAGCGAACCCUAAGAAACAAAAAGAAAUACUUGAUCUCAUUGAUGAAGUCAGAAUUGAAUCUAUUGAAAUAUGGGACAAAGGGUCUGAAGAGUUGAAUUAUACAGCAGGUGAAAUUAUAGAAGGAAAGAACACCGAUAUAAUAACUAACAAACACACCGUAGUUAUUGGAGAUGGUGAAGGAUGCGUAGUUGGAACAUUAAUGAAAAAGGGCUCAGAUGUGAAACGGACGAUACAGGGUGGAACCACAUUAGUUGUCGGUGGACUUAAAGGAAAAGAUCUUGAAAAAGUUCUAGAGACCUACGAGAAAAUACGCUUCAACUCCAAUGCAAGGCAGAAGGCAAAACAAAUCGAGGACAGGUCCGAUGCAGCGCAGAAGUUGAAACAAAUCGAGGACGGGUCCGAUGCAGCGCAGAAGUUGAAACAAAUCGAGGACGGGUCCAAUGUAGCGCAGAAGUUGAAACAAAUGAAGGACGUGUCCAAUGCAACACAGAAGGUAAAACAAAUCGAGGACGUGUCCAAGGCAAAGCAGAAGGUGAAACAAAUCGAGUACGAGUCCAAUGCAACGCAGAAGAGGAGACAAAUCGAAAACGCCAGAGAUCUGUAGUUGAUAAUUCACAGCUUCUUGAUUAUCAUUGAUUAUUUCCGAAUUUCAGUUUUAUUUUACUCUUUCAGUCUUUCCUAUAUUUAAGUAGUAGCACGUGGUCUUUCGUGAGAUGAUAAGUAUGAAAUUUAUUUAUUCAUGGUAAACACUGCACUCACGAAAACCGCAAUUUUUUGUUCAUGUUGGAUUGCUCAAAUCUUGAUUAUCAUCACCUUCAAAUGCAUAUUACUUGAAGGGAAGUGUGUUACAUUUCAAAUUAACAAUUUUAUCAAGUUCAAAUGCAUAACCUUGAUUUCUUUAAUUUUAUUUAUCCCAUGUUGACUGACUUUAAUAAUAAAAUUUUAUUUAUAAAAAUAAUGUGGUCUGAUCGAAUUUUCACUUUCAAUUUUAUAUAAAAAUUUUGUCAAGUUCAAAUGCAAUACCAUAAUUUUUUAAUUACCCAGUAUAGAAUGAAUAUUGAAAUCUAAUUGAUAUUAUUUCGUAAAAUUUGUUGUGGUCUAUAUGUAUGUUUCACUGUAGUUUGUUCACACAACAUGAUAACGUUUCUGUUAAAUUACUGUCAAUAAUUCAUUGGCUUUAAGAUAGCUAGUGUACACUGGAUCGUGUAACAGUGUGUAGCAAAUAUGGGGUGUUUAAUAUGGACGUCAAUUUCACUUAACCCCAUUUGUAUUAUUAGCAUGUUGAAUUAUAUAAAACUAGGUUAUUCUGGCCUGUUUCCUUAAUGGUGAUUUAUUUGUACAAGCCUUAUGCGGUGGCGCGAUAUGUGCUGAGAAGAUUGAUGAGGGUUUUCGACCUCCAUUCGAGAAUUGAGAAUAAUAGUGUUCUUCAUGUACUUUGUAUUAAGAAUUAAGUUUGUAUUUCAUUAUAUCUGUUGUUUGGAUCAUUUCAAUUCGAUCGUACAACUUUACAAUAUAUGUACAUUUGUCAUUACAA